GCGCGUGCCCGCGGCUGCACGGCGCUAAUGUGGAGACAGUUCAGGCCAAAAGCGAGAAUUAUCAAACCCCUUUGCACGGAGCAGGGAGCCGUCUAUCACCUGGAGAACAUGGACCCGACCUGAGAGACGUGUUUUCACCACAAGCUGUGAGCGAGAGAAGCGGGUUCCGGUGACAGCUCGUCUGUCAGGAAGUUUCACGCACGCAGCUCUGGAGAGUUCCUCCGCUUUGUUUUGGUCGGUGAAAGUUGUGAGAGCACCGGGGGACCACCGUUACAUUCCCGCUAGACCACCGGGGACACCACCGGGGGACCACCGGGACUCCACCGGGACUCCACCGGGACUCCACCGGGACUCCACCGGGACUCCACCGGGACUCCACCGGGACUCCGUGAAGCAGGAGGAAAGUCCGUCCACACUCCAGGGACCCUGUUUAAAGACAGAUUUUCUUCCCGAACAUCGAUGGAGUUUGUCCUACUUGACUGAAAACAUCCAUGGUAUUUGGACCAGAACACAAAAAGGCCUCAAUUAUCCCUCUUUACUGUAGUUUCAUUCCGUUGUGGCUCCGUUGUGUCUCCAUGGGAAUCAGAUGUAUGACUGUCAGACACAGGCCUGUGUUUUUUCUUAUUUAGGCUGUUAUAUCCUGUUUAAUCAUAAAAGUUCAGAUAUUCACAGGAUCUAAUAUUAUCAGAGACCCUGUUGGUGCUGGGGCUAUCCUGGAUUCCGACCUGGCGACCCAGAGAGGAAAACGCUUCAGAGUGAUCAGGAAGAGAGGCCAUUAGAAUCCAAAUCACGGAGAGUGGGCUGUCUCCCCCUCGCAGAUGGAUUUCAUAAAGGCCACACGGUUGUUGUUGCACCUUUUUUGUUAGUUUGUUUUUGUUUUUGUGUGAAUGAAGCGUGGACAUGUGUUGGAGCGGCUGCAGAGGAGCAGAGGUGUGGACCUCCGCAGCUGGAUCGGUCUGAUGUAGCCCCCCCCCGUGAAACCUCUCAUGUGACUCAGUGUGUGUUUACAACCCGGGGACGCGCGUGUUUUUAGUUUUUUUUUCCUGCUCCAACUUGAGAGAGGAGGACGAGCCCCCCUGCUACCUGCACGGAGGGGAGGGGGGGGGGGGUCGAGCCCCUGCCAUGGCGCCCUCACACGCACGCGCACCGGUGUGAGAGGAACCCGAGGACCCCCGGAUGGACGUGACCUACCUGUGCACCACCUACUGCGGCUCGGCUCCACUCGGGACAAGUCCCGCCUCGCCCUGACCCGGGUUGCCAGGGAAACAGGCUGUGGGACAGCAGAGACACGUUUCUGAGGGACUGUUGGGGCCCCAUCGUACACAAACUUUGCCACAAUGAAUGAGAGGCAGGCCCUCCACUCUAUAAUGAAGGACCUGGUUGCCCUCCAGAUGACGAGACGCCAGCCAGUGGUGUCGUACGAAACCAGCAAACCCAAGGUGCCGGCCCAGUCCAACAGACAGGGCGAAGUCAGGAUAAAGUUUGAGUUCUCAGGGGAGAGACGGAUCUUGAUGUUUGGACGGCCAGUGCAGUUCGAAGAAAUCCACCAGAAAGUUAAGACUGUGUUUGGGCAGCAGCUAGAUCUGCAUUACAUGAACAAUGAGUUGUCGAUCCCUCUGCGAGGCCAGGACGACCUGGACAAGGCAGUCGAUCUGCUGGACCGAAGCUCCAACAUGAAGAGCAUCAAGAUCCUGCUGCUCACUCAGGAGCACAGCAACGUCUCCUCCCCCUCUCACCAUGUGCCAUGUAAACAGGUGAGGAUCAAGUCAUCUCAAUCCACUGGAGAUGUUAGCGCGGCGUACCAAUCUGCUGAGCCCAGAGGGCGCCACCUAUCAACCGGUUCUCAGAACACGGGGCGUAGCUCGCCGCCUCCUGGCUAUGUGCCCGAGCGCCAGCAGAGGAUCGCCCGCCAAGGUUCAUACACCAGCAUAAACAGUGAGGGGGAGUUCAUCCCAGAGACCAGCGAUCAGUGUGUGCUGGAUCCCUGGAGCAGUGCAGAAAACUCUGUCUCUGGAAGCUGUCAGUCUCUGGACAGCAACUCAGACAGCCCGUCAUUGAGGAAGUCUCGCAUGCACAGAGCUAAAAGUUACCCUGAUAAUCGUCAGGAGUGCUCAGACAGGGAGAAUCAUGUGUACGACAGGGUAGCUGGAAAGGGUGGCACCUAUCCUCGAAGGUACCACGUCUCCCUGCAUCAUAAGGACCACAGCGAAGGUCGUCGGACGUUUCCGCGGAUUCGCCGUCCCCAGGGGAACCUGUUCACCCUCGUGCCUUCACGUCGGUCACUCAACGGCAGCGAGGAGAGUCUGGGCAGCUGGCAGCUGGUGGAUGCCCAGGGCAGGCUCCGUCCCCAGGAUCGUUCUGUUGCCCAUAAGUCACCCAGCGCUCCAGUCACAUGGCGGCGGGGGAAGCUCCUGGGCCAGGGGGCAUUUGGACGGGUCUACCUGUGUUACGAUGUGGAUACUGGGAGAGAGCUGGCUGCCAAGCAGGUCCAGUUUGAUCCUGACAGCCCUGAGACAAGCAAGGAGGUUAGUGCUCUGGAGUGUGAAAUCCAGCUGCUGAAAAACCUGCAUCACGAGCGCAUUGUUCAGUACUACGGCUGUCUGAGGGAUCUCAAUGAGAAGACCCUCACUAUCUUCAUGGAGUACAUGCCGGGGGGUUCAGUCAAAGACCAGCUGAAGGCAUACGGGGCCCUGACGGAAAAUGUGACCCGGAAGUACACGAGACAGAUCCUGGAGGGGAUGUCCUAUCUGCACAGCAACAUGAUCGUACACAGGGACAUUAAAGGUGCCAACAUCCUGCGGGAUUCAGUGGGCAAUGUGAAGCUUGGAGAUUUUGGCGCCAGCAAGAGGCUUCAGACCAUCUGCAUCUCUGGCACCGGCAUCCGCACAGUGACCGGCACCCCCUACUGGAUGAGUCCGGAGGUGAUCAGUGGAGAAGGCUACGGCAGGAAGGCUGAUGUCUGGAGCCUUGGUUGUACAGUGGUGGAGAUGCUGACAGAAAAGCCUCCAUGGGCUGAAUAUGAGGCCAUGGCCGCCAUAUUCAAGAUCGCGACCCAGCCCACCAACCCAAUUCUACCCUCGAACACCUCCGACCAUGCACGGGACUUCAUCCGCUGCAUUUUCGUGGAGGCCAAACACAGGCCGAGCGCUGAGGAGCUGCUCAGACAUCCGUUCUCUCAGAUUCUGUGCUGAAACCCGCCUGGUUCCUGAACUUUCUUACCAUGAAGUGGCACGGCACCCUGGGCAGAAUCUGCAGCUUCCUCGAAAUCAAACCGUGACAGGAGUCCAGACCUGGAACAGUGUGAAACCCAUUGAGCCUCUGCCAUGGCAGGUGCUUCAAAGACGAAUCCGUGUUCACUCACACUGAUCCAAAGUAGAGACACAGAGAGCCAGACUGUCAAACAUUGGUGCCUUUAAAACCAAUGUAAGUACAAAAGUCACCACCAGGGGGAAACAGAACACAGAUGAAGUAUCACUCAGAUACACACACUCCAAUUGCAGCAUCACUGAGUCUCAGCGCCUGAUAAAGUAUCCUCCCCUGUGUUUACCUUUCGCCCCCCUAGUGCACUACAGUGUUAAUUGGAAAGGUUUUUACAACUUUGGCAAAUUGCAGCUACUUCCGGUUUCUGUUCCUGCUCUGGAACAAAGAAAACUCCACCUUCAGAGUUAGAACUCCGUUUCAAUUUCUGGCUACGAAUUGGUGGUGAAAAAACAAUAGAUGUGAAGUGAUAUCACAGGCAAAAUCAUUUUCAGCUGUUGAAAACCUCUGAAGUCAAUAAGCUAUGUCAUGUUUUGGUUUGAGCCCCUCAGAUGACCGAGGAUGUGUCUUAGCAAUCACAAAUUCAUGACGAGAGAUAAAUACACAAUUGCAUCCACUGCCUUAAAGCUCCAAAGACCACGAUGCACUGCAGCUCCUCGCUCCAGUCAAAAGGAGAGAGAGACGCAAGAGAUUUCACUCUUAAUCUUUCUGCACGGAAAACAAAUAGUCACUGUCAUUAUUGCAGUCUUUAUCCAUACGGAGCCUUCAAAAAUCUGAAUCCGAUCCAAAAUUGAAUGUGUUCUUCCUUGGGUCAUUCCCCAUCCCUCUAAAAAUGUAAUGGAAAUAGCUUCAGUAAUUUUUGUAUAAUCCUGCGAAAUAUAAGCUCCAUGGUUAAGGUAAUUACGAAAAUCAGUGCACUUCAGUACAGACUAAAAAUGUGGAUGCAAUCAUCAUAUACAACAUGAGGACGACAUGUAACUGAAAGAGGAGCUGAGUUUGGAUUUUCUUCUUAAAGUGACUCGUCUGUGGUUCUACCUCUUGCCUCAGUGUGACUUCUCCUUCCAGCUGCCUUCUUCCUCUCGCAGCUCUUCAGUAUCACAGUUGUUCUGAGCCUACUAUGUGCCAAAAAGGGACGGAACAGGGUUCAUGGUCUGAACUUGGUAUCAGUCAGCAGACGGUGCUUUUCAUGUUCAGAGGAAAUACAAAGUAAAAGCCUUAAUGUGGGACUUCCUUUGCUGAGGAUCAUCAUGUCCAUGUGUGUCCGGCCCAAACAUCCUUGACAGAGAAGCCUUAGCUUAAUGAUCAAUUUUCAAUCAGAUGCACUUUUAUGUCAAAUGAAUGUUUGUUUUUGUUUUUUUUGUUCUCGUUACCAAAUUUGACUUAAAAUGUGAAAAUUGUUUCACUUUUAUUUAUAUCCCCACGUCCAUUCCAAUUAGAUUUUAUAAGCAAAUAUAUAUGUAUAAAUAUAUUUUUUAUAAUUAGUCUGUGUCAAAGUUAAUGAUACUUUCAAGACAUAGUUUCGUUCAAUUGUAGGAAGCAGCUGGUUUUGCGGACAUUACAGAAAUGGGGUUUAUAAAUGAAAAAUGGGUGGAAAACGAGCUCUGGCUGCACGCUUCUUGUUCCAGCUCCAAGAAAAAAAUUCUUUCCACACAUCCAAAGAUAUUCAUUAAAAUGAUUACCUGACAGGUUAUGGAAACUUUCCAUCAUUUAGCUGUUGUACCUUCUAACAAUGACGAGGUCUCAUGAAUAAAACCUUUCAAAAGGCUUAAUUUACAAAAGAAGCUCCAGGGAAAUCUUUUCAUCUGAUCUGUGUAAUUAAAAUUAAAUUGUAAGGUGUGUGAGAGACAGAGACGAGCAGGAUCGGAGCCAGUGCCGGAUGUCAGAGUUCGUUGUUCAAACCAAAAGACGACUUUGUUUAUCCCAGGGUUCAGACAAAAAGUAUUAGAUGGUUUUCGGGGCUGCUGCCUUAACAUGAAGAUGCUUCUACAGGAUAAAGGCAGCUCGAGUAAAUUCAGUGUUGAAGAAGACAAAAGACCCUGGGAUAAUCAAAGGAAUACAAACUAGUUAUAUAUAUAUAUAUCUAUAUAUGUAAAUGUAUGAUUAUGUAUCAUGACAGGACUUGCAGUGCAAAGUCUAAUGUAUCAAAUUUAUUUUACAGCAAGAAAAGAAUAGUAUCUUUAAUGACAUGUAUGUAUAAAUAUACAUAUGUAUAUGUAUUUGUCAUGGCCUCUCUACAAAACAAAUAAAGAUUUUUUUUAAA